CCAUCCAUCCCCAAAUGCGACAAUAGUAUGGAAGUAUGUUCGCCGAAAGGAGCAUCCUGUGCCGUUUAUAUAAUACUUUAAUUUUCAUGCACCUGAUCUACGUCACACGGUCAUUCGGUGUCAUCUUCGAGGAGUAUGUCGUGGACCAGGGCCGUAACUUGACGUUACGCUGCGAUUCCAAGCAUCCGGUACGAUGGGUCCGCGAAGGCCGUCGAGAGGACGUCCGCCAGUUCCAGCUCGACGGUUCGCUCGUGUUGACAAACCUAACCGCUAAGGACGGUGGCCGGUACACGUGUUCCGCAGCAAUACCAACACUAACGACCGUUGCCGUACUGGAGGAACCGGAAGCAGAUACAUCCUCCUCCUCCUCCUCCUCCUUCUCUUCUUCCACCUCCACCAACGACACUACCCCUGGGGCAGCGUACGAUCCAGGUGAUACGAGUGCCGGGUACGAGAAUGCCACCGCCGAACCGUACGACGGUGAGGACGGCGAUGGUGACGGGACGUCAUCGUCCGCAGCGGAGGAACACUUUGUCGAGCUGCUAAAGGUGAACGUAAAGGUACGGACACCACCGUUGGCGGUGUCUAACUUUUACGUACGUGCAUCUACCAUCAUUGCGGUGCUGGUAUGGGAGGUGAUGCCAAACCGGACUGGUGGGUACGCGAUACGUGACUUCACCGCCGAGAUGCGCAAGAUGCGCGAAAGCAACGACAAACCGGAGCUGCCUUGGGAGACGAUCGAUCCGCGCCACAUCAGCCCGAACGCGCGCCAGCUUGAAAUCUAUCAUCUCAUCCCGAACACGACUUAUGAGUUCCGGAUCUGGGGCAACAAUCAGCUCGGUGCCGGUGAGAUCGUCACCAUUCUUGCGACCACACAACCACGCAUGGAGGAGAAAGAUCUCGUCCGGCGCAUCAUGAUCGAUGCGAAGAAUUUUGACACCCGCGUCUGGAUAGCGGCCGUCGGCAUCGUGAUGGGUACGCUGGUCAUCCUAUCGCUCGGUACCUGCAUCGUGCUGUACAAGGAGUGCCGCGAACCAGCCGCUAACGAUAAAGACGAGGAGCUGGACAGUCUCGAGCUGGUACCGAACAUCAUCCUGAAUCCGGGCUUUUGCGAUUCGGACGACCAAGGUCAGAACCCGCUGUCACCGCCGAUACCGCGCACCCUGCCGUACAAUCGCUACCGCAGCAAUGGCCACGACGGUACCGGUGCGGGUGACGACGACGACGACGAUGAUGACGACGAGGAGGAGGAACCGAUGACGUUCAGCCGGCGGAUGUCAAUCUUCUUCACCGGCAACACGAUCAAGCGGAUUUGAGUGAAAGUAUUCCCGGAGGACUCCGUGUACUACUGAGCAGCUGUCCGAUGCACUAUGGAACCGCCGUUGAUCUGGAGUGCUUCAGCCCAUGUACUUAAGCGAGCGCGCACACAUACUCACGAAGAAACCAAAACAAAAAAAAAACAACCACACCAACCAACCGAAUUGUAAUCUAGGGUAAAAUAUAAAACAACGGUGCACACGGAUCUGUUGGGGAUCGGAUCAAUGACACUGACAGAUUUGCGCGCUGUCAGCUACUAAGAGGAGCAGCUGAGCAACUAAGUGAGAGGAAUGUAGUGCCUCGCACACUCACACACACAAACACACGCAGAGCAGGGUAGCAGCGUGUGUGCACGAGUCAAGAGUAUCGUUGCGCCACAACCAUGCAUGCCUUCGGUGUGUAACAACCAUGCCCUCUACAUGAUAUGAUCCACGAUCAUGAUGUGAUGGGACGGCUUUCCCUAUAGAUGGCGCUGGCAGUAGACACUGUGUGUCUCAGUAAGCAACGCCAGGUCAGUUCAGUUGUUUUUUCGAUGUGCCUUUGCUUUCGUCUGCGAGUUAUGUUUUGAUUGUGUUUUGUUUUGGGUGCGCUCUGCAGAAUACAAACACCCCGUUCCUGUCACAAGCAUCAUCCCAUUAUUCCCAAAUCUUCAUGGCCUUCACUUAUCGGAAUCAACUGACAUCACAGAUUACACACGGCUUAGGAUUUUAAUAUUCUUAUCAACCAAUAUCACUCCCGAAAACAAAAGCCUACUCUAUGGGUAGGUUGCGAUACAUGCUUUCCUUAUUUCUACAACGCUAUCAACUCUUUGGAGGCGGCCAUUUUGAAACAAGUCAUCCCGUUCGCUUGUUUCCGGACAAAAUCGACUGACUAAUCUGAUAGUGUGUAAGAUUAAACGGGAGUAAACUCUCGAUAAGCACAAGUCCUCGCACUUUGCCGCGCACCACGAGGGUUUGGGUAGAGAGGUGUUGCUAUACAUAGUAGCCCUAACCCUAAGCGCCCUCAUUUGGAACAGCAAGCAGCAAUACAAUACCCGGGGAUUGUAAGUGAUCGCUAAAUACAAUAAUAAAAGAGGCGGGAUGCACCUUUUUACGUAAAACCCACACGGUGAUCCCACACUUUGUAAAGAAUAUCGCAUGGUGAAAGAUCUUCCGGCGUACAGUAAUAGGAGGGUUUUUGCUCUUUUCCUCGGUACGCUUAGCACGCAUGCAAACUAUGAGUGAAAAUUUAUGAUAAUGAUACUAAUUCAUAAGUAAAACCCUUCCUAAUCUCCCACCCCAAUGUAAACCACCACCCUGUAUCCCGCACACAAGGGUAGAUGUUCGUCGCGCACAUGCUAGUAGGCUAGUGGAGUUUGGAAUGGACGAUAGCUACAUGAGCUAUAGUACCACACAUUGGCAACUAGGGUAUAAUGUGGAGAUGCAAUAUUGACAUAAAAGACGAGUGCGCGGAAAAAAAACAAAAAAGAAGGUUACAAAAAAAACAACUGGCACAUGUUAGCUUCUCACCAUAGCAAAAACACAGCAAAAAAAUCAAUUGAAAAUAAGAUGGUGACAUUUUUGACAGCAAAAUCAGGCACCGUUUCGUUUAAGCGCAAAACGGUUGAAUACUUUACGCAAAAAAAACGCAAACGCCCAAUCCUACUAUGUAAUAUGAGUGAGAUGGUGACGCCCGCUUCCGAGGCGAUAAGCUAUUCGAAAAUGUUCCACACUUGUACUUGUUUGACGUUUCGUCUUAGUAGACAGUUUAUACAUAACCACAAUGUUUAUCCCCAUUUGCUUCGUGCUGAUUGUUUGUUGGAUCGACACUGCCUGACCUUUUUGGAAUGUAUUUUUUUUUUUUUGUAAUCUAAUGUCUAAUCUUCGUUUCCUGCUGAGAGCUAUUGUGACACAUGAUAUUUUACAAGGUUUAAAAUGUUUUUGAAAGCUCGCAAGAACUCGAUGAGCAAAAUCCUCUGGAAAGUUUAUCAAUCCUAGCCAUGUUUUACACAUAAAUGUCAAAUAUUGUGUUUGUUUUUUAAUCGUUUCGAUAUACGUAUAUGUAUGUUACACUACUUAACAUCCGUCCGGAAGACCGUGAAAGCUUCGACACUACAUUAUAUGCGUACCCUGUCGGGCUUGUAUGGUCUGACUUGCAUUCACUGGACCAUUAAACAAAUCAGUACGAAGCGUAUUAUCGUGUGCAAGAAUCCUCUGCUUUUGCGUAUACUAAGCUGCUUAUCGUCUAUUUGCUACUAUCAUUAAUCUCUUUUGACGGUUGUGUACGGUCUGUAAACGGCUUUAGCAUUCACCGGCGGUGGGGCACCACUCACACGCUACCGCUGUCAUUUUGACAGCGCCGCCUACCGGAAUAAAAGUUUCUCUUUUCGUCUUCUUAAAUGGCUUAACGUCCGUUCCCGCUAGAGGGCCGCCUAUUGGCAUUCUAGACUUAUUUAUAUUAAACACAGCCGGAUGCGCUAUGCCAUUCCACGGAGUGCUCCCACAGAAAGUGGUGGUGUAAAAAUGGCAGCUGGUAGUAAAUAAAAUAAAAAGAAGAACAAGUCAAAAACACAAACAUCAAAACCACACCUACAUAACAUCCUUAACCGCCUUUAUAAUCGUAAGUGAAGCAGACUCACCGAAGUCACCAUUUGCUUUUGCAAGCUUUUGUGCAUGGUACGGUAACUGCUAAACACCAGCGCACUCUUUGUAACUUAACUGUACACACACACACAUACAUACAUAACGAAACACUCGAACAGGCGUGCGUGUGUAACGAAUUUCGGAGGGCGUAAAAAAGAAUGCGUCAAAGCGUCAGCAGAGUGUUAGCAGCAAACGGACAAAAAUAAAUUUGAUCACAUGCGCGCGCGCGUGUGUGUGUGUGUGCAUAUGUUCCGCGGCUGCAGUAUUUAUAUACAUAAAAAGGAGCCUUUUUUAUAAAUGGAAAAAAAGGAAACAAUACUUUAGUGUAAAAAAAAGUGUAGACAAAACAAUAAGUAAUCCAUUUUGACGGAAGAGACACACUGCUAAAAGAAAAUUUAACGAACAAAACAAAAAAAAGGGAAAAAAGUGCCGGCAAAUAUCAAAUUGCGGAAAGCGAAAACGCAUACGUAGGGGAUGUUUGUGUAUACGUGUGUCUGUGUGUAAAAAUGAAACCGUACUCGGAAACAGGUAGUGAACGAUAUAGUAAUGUCGGUUCGAACGAUAAUGUCGAUACGAUUCUGUUGUAUAAAAAGUUACAAAUGGUGACAAAAAAAAACUCGCGAGAGUCUCGAAAGAGAGAAGAAAAAAAUCACACACACACACACCGACAGACACAAAACACAACGCUGUUGUACACUUAGAGUCGCACGCUUUUUAUAUUAAAAAGCGUAUGCGAACCGUAGCUUGCCCGUACGGUGGCACGAAGGUUGUUGUUAAUGUUAAUAUCAAAUCUUACUUUAGACAGUUCGGUUGCGACAGUGUGAUGGACAGUAACAACAGGUGCGCGUGUAUAGGUAAGACUGUAGCAGAUUGAAACACUAGUUGUAUAAAGCAAACCAAACCAAGCAUACUAGCAGCAACUUAUUGGGCGCUUCCGGGAGAGAACACACACAUACACAGACACACGAAAACAUUUAUAAAUCGACGAAGAGCUAACUUUCACGUAGACUAUAGCCGGAAGUAUCGGUUGCCUGUGCAAAACCUUAUAAAUGGACACGCGUCAACGGUUACACUGUGUUUUUGCCGUUUUUGUCCUGAUUGCUGGUUAGUGUUUGCCAUCGUUGUAGUUUGGCUUCUGCUCCUGCGGUUGGUUUUGAGCCAUUUGUUAGAUUGUAAAGUGAUACCCAUCAUCCCAUACCGGUCUAGCUGUGAGCGACCUGGAAGACUUGUAACGCUUCCCGCGCCAAAGGUCCGAGGUUUUGCAAAACAUGUUUUCAAUAACACACACACACACACACAAAACCGAAAAGAAGGAGAAGAAAGCAGAAAAAAACACGCGCCUACCAUAUGCAGUUACAAGUUAAUACCAUUUAUUGGAGCCAUGUUCGGAGGCGCCAGCUGUCAAACAACCGCUACUACUAUUGUUAGUAAUACUGCGCUACAACUACUGCUACUAUCAGAAUACUGUUACUCCUACUGUCCCUGUGUGAGGUUUAUCCGACGUUUAUCCGAUGCCGAACAGUGGUGGAUUGGAGUAGCAUCAUCAAAAGAAACCUUCAGCACACAAAUAGUCGAACAAAAACACGGUGACAGAGUGAAAUGAAAGGGAAGCAGAUAAAUUGAGAGAGGAAGAGCGCGAGAGGGAGAGAGAGAGAGUUGAUCAAACAGAGGAUUAGAUGUAGUCGUGUGGUACUUCUAGUAAGUAAACCAAAGCAGGAACCAAAGAUAUACUGUCACCCUAGCACCAGUAUAUACCAGCCAUAUCAGGUACUAUCAACUUAGCCCAGACGGUCAACGAAACCGUUCGCAACUUUUGCUCUUGUAAAGUCGCUACUAAUGUAAUAGACCGUAAUCUGGAUUUUGUAUGCGAGAGAUAGAUAGGAAGCGCCUCAAUGUCUAGAUUCGGAAUGCCUGAGCACACAUUUACACAAAUACACACACUCAUACACAGAUUAUCGUGUUACGUUACAGUGUCAUCACACCGAUUCUUAGUAGCGGUUUUUUUGCAAAGUAUUUAAACAUUGCUCAUUAAUAUGAGUAAUGCUUGGGACGGUAUCAUUUCGAAACGCUACAUCAAUCUCGGCAAUAGCAACUUCAAGCAAAACGCUAUACCCCAAAAAAUCCCAUCCGGGCGACAAGUGAUCUUAAACGAGAUAUGCACACAGAAAGAGAGAGAAAAGGAGAGAUAUAAGGGAGCGAGAAUUAAACUAUCUGUAAAAAAAAAUCAACAACAAAAAAAAAGAACAAAGGGACGAGACUGAGAGAGCAAAUGCAUGACUACUGAUAGAAACUAGCGCAAAACUAAAACAAAAAAUAUACUUAUAUGCAUCGCAACUACAAGUUGUAGCUUACUACGCCUAUCUUUCCACAACUAUUCGCUCUGCUGAACGGUUCAGUACGAACGCGGUACGUUUCUUCAUUCGUUUUUAUCUGUUAAUUCACAACUUUAGUUUUUGCUACGUUUUAUCACAUCCACAUGUACUUACUACGGUAUACUUAGAAACAUUCAAACGAACUCUCACAUUCACAACACAAGCUUCCAGAUUGAGUGAUUGGUUUCGGGAGUGUGCGAAUGCGUGGGUGUCUGUGUGUGCAUGUGGAGAGAGUUGCCGUUCGUAGUACCGCCAUCUAUCGGGAAUCGGUUGAAGAUCUACAUUCAACUAUAGCUGCAUCCCCCGGGAAAGGAACACGUACGUCCUUUUUGGGGCGGGUUUUUAUGUUUUGCUUCUUCUACUUCUCAAACAGGUGGAGAUAAGCCUCGUCCGAGCGUGCAACGGCCAACAGCGUUUCUCCCAGUGCUCGUAUUCACCUCACAGUUAUAGCAUGACUUUUAACCACAUUUUUACCAUAAAGCAACCACAAACGCACCCACUACCCUGAAUGACUGAAUAGGGGCCGCGUACGAACGAAUCCAAAACUAAAUCAAGUUUGUCUUUUUUUUUCGUUUGCUUUUAACUCAGUUACCCUUAGCUUACACCUGACACCUUUUUGUUUUUACUUUUAUUCGGCUGUACCGUAAUGACAGUUUGAGUGCUAUAAAAUCUACUCAUGCUCACACUACUACCACCACUACUCAUGCGUUUUUUUCUGUUACAAUUACAAGCAAUCAUCAGCAAACAAAAAACUGGUCAUGUUUCUUGAUUAUAGCUCACCGUUUCUUUUAUCGAUUACCAUUUAUCUCUUGUUUCUUGCCUCUUUGCUCUUCUGCUCAAUUUCUUGGCUCCGUUUAUUCAAGUAACCAUUUUUCUUCUUCUACUACUACUACUAAUACUAAUUCUACUAAUACUUGUCCGUUUGUUUUUGGCACUGUUUUCUUCAAUAUUCUCCGUAUUUUCUACCGCAAUGGUCAUGUUACCGUUUUGCUUCUACCUGUUUACUUUUAAUAACUCUUUCUUUCCGUUUUUCUUAUUGCCUUUCGGUUACCAAACCUGUUACCGCUCAUUUCCCCAAUUCCACCCCGUUUUAUACCCUUUCAAACUUGCAAUACCGUUCUACUAACUGUGUUCUCUUUUUCGCUCGAUACUGCCUGGAUCGAAAACCAAAAACAAAAACCCUGCGGCUGGUGCCCGUUCCGUUCCGGUGUAUUCUCCUGUCUCACUUUUCACGAUCUACACAGGUUUGUCCGAGACAAGCGAAAUUUUCUAAUCUAUUCCCUUGCUAGCAAGUGGCCACUGUCACCUUAAUGUCACGGGACUUGAUAAACGUGACGGUAGCGCGAGCAACCCUUCCACCCGACACAAUCGGAGCACUGUGGGCCCAAGUAUAUUGAAAUUUAAAUGCAAAACGAAAAAAAAAAAUCAAAACAAACAAAAGAAAAAAAAACAAGAAAAAACUGAAGCCAAUUGCUGGAGUGACACAUUAUACACCAAUCGUCAUGCUUGACAGACGGUUGACUAACUAAUCCAACACCUUUUCGCCUUUGCGAACAAAGUUUUACUACACAAUAUUUCGAUCGAUUAGUACCAUAUAUUUGCUAGUGCGCCCAACUAAGGCAAACGAACGGUUGCGCACCCAUUUUCAAACCUCUACUCUCAUUCACUAUUAACUUUGAACUUAUUCUAAAAAAAAACAAAAAACGGAUGCCGAUUCCUGAAAGCUUUACAUAUACACGUAUGGAAAAUAAAACGUAACGCCGAACAUUAGUGAUUAGCCGGGUGCAAUUCUACUUCAACUGAAACCUAGUACAGCGCAGCGACACAACAAACAAUGGAGAAAGCAAUAAAGUGAUGAAUAUUAACAAACGCGUUUACAAACUCGGGGAACGGGGUAGAGCAUGCCAAGCGACGGAGCACAAUCAAUGGUCGGAUCAUUGGAUGACACGGUAAGAUGGCCGCGCGACCCUUUAGCAAGCGCUAGGUAAUUUGCUGUAACGAGCCGCCAUUAGCGAAAAUACUUAACGCGUAAAGUUUUACACAAAAACCGCCGAAACGUUCCUAAAGGGUCCGAAUGGGUGUGUGAUAAAGGAAAAGACAGCACUCAGAUCGAUAUCAUAUCUUUCUUUCUUUUUCGAUGGGAACACAAAGAGUAAAAGUAAAGAAAACAAAAAAAGGAAUUUAGUAGCUGUAUUAAAAAAAGAUCCGAUAUUAAGUGUGUUACUUCAUUGGGUCGUCUGCUUGAUUGCAUUUUGAAUGAGUUUUAAGCGCCUUGAAGAAUGCAUUCAUCCUUUUGUAGGUACAUCUGUACUAGUUAACACCUUUUGACAACUUGGCUUAAAAAUUUGAAGUAUUUCUUAAUCAUCCACAGUCUUUUAACAGUGUAAAAAGUGCAUACUUCAAAGAACGUGUAUUCAAAAUGCACUUCAGUAACUAGCGUCACAUAAUGCACCUCUACUCCACACAAGAACUGUUUAUAUCACUCAUCAAGUCAACAAGAAAAUAGAUUUUUUUAGAAAAUAUAAAAUUGAGCUUAAUUUCUUUUUACUUUUUUAUUUAACGAUUGUUUAGACAAUUUUACUUGAUUUUAAUGAUUUUAAGAGCCUUUGAUUUUCAUGUAAUAUAAAUAAUAAUAUUUUUAUGUUGAUCAAAUUUCUUUAAUAUAUUUCUAAUAAUUUAUGUCGUAUAGCUUAUAUAUAUUAUUUCUUUAAAAAAUGAUUUACUCUUAAAAUAAUUGCUUUCUCAAUUAUCACUCCUUAUCUCUCUCACGCUCUGUGUAUAGCUCUCUCUCUCUCUUUGUCGUAUAAAAUCAAAACCCUACAGUAACUUCAAUGCUGGUUAUUUCGCACCAACGCCAUCAAUAAACGAACAAAUGUUUGUUUAAAAGUACAAACAUCGCUAGUAUAACCAUUUUCCCUGACACAUGAUCGCAACAAAGUCUAUGCACUAUUUUAUAAAAAAUGUCAUUUUUUUUUAACUUUUACAACACAUCCCAUUCGUAUGUGUUCGCUUGCGAGUUGCGUUUGUGAACAAUCAAGGAACAUUUACAACAUCCCAAUUACUUCACAUAAAAACAAAACUACACAUUGAAAUGGUUUAAGCAAAGGCAAAGAGAACAACACUUAGCGACAGAAAAUCAAUACACAAUUAAAGGCACGGUAAACAGACGCAUUACUGCUAGCAAAUGUAUUUUACCUAUAUUUUCCGGAUCAGUUCGAAAAUCGAGGGCAAAGAAUUAGGGUGAGAGAAAGAAAUAUUAUCGCUGGUGCAGGUGCAAUGAGGGUAUGAGUAAAGAAUAAAUAAAAUAUUUGAAUAUUUACAUUAAUGAUUCGCAACAAA